AUGUACGCCGCCACACAGCUCUCCAGCGUCGAUCUACGUUGUAACGUGAAUGCCACGCAUACGCCUGAUGUGCUGGACGUGUAUGCCGGGGAGGAGGUGACUUGGCAUGUACCGUAUACUAUUAGUCAUCCGGGGCCGUUGAUGGGGUAUUUGGCGAGGGCGCCAGGAGGGGGGUUGUGGGGGUGGGGAGGGGGGAGGGGGGAGGGGGAUGUGUGGUUCAAGAUCUACGAAGACUUCCCGACUUGGUACACAGAGACUUAUCAGAAUGGGUAUAUCGCGCAUUCUGUGAGAUGGCCGAAUUUAGACCUCUCAACCCUCCCCAUCCCCCUUCCCCCAACCCUCCCACCAGGAGAAUACCUCUUCCGAAUCGAACACAUCGGCCUCCAAACAGCCACCGAUCCCACUCUCGGAGCCCAGUUCUUCGUGUCAUGUGCUCAGAUACGAGUUCUUCCUCCCAUCAACCCCCAAACCACCAUCCAGAACCACGGUGUUGGUGGUAUCCCAGGUCCCUUGGUAUCCAUACCAGGACUCUACCUCCCGACGGAUGAGGAUCUGAAGGUUAAUGUAUAUGGUGUUAAUGAGACGACAUACCUCAACGAACCAUACAUGACACGAACGCCCGGCCCCGCGAUUUGGAAGGGUUAA